UUGUACUCUGCUUACCAAUUACAGCAAUGAUUGAGUUCCUUCCUGCGUGGUCCAACACCCACAAACCCUUUCAUUUUAUUAUUAAUUUGUUCGUCAGCAACCCAAAUUUUUCAUUUCCUUGCUCUUGAUUAUAUAUAUGGUUAGUAUUCAAUCUGGAGGAGUUGCUGUCAACUACAGUUGAAAUUCUUGGCACGACGGAGGGGGAGAGACCCGAUAUUAAUCUUCUGCUGAUGCCCGCAAACAAAGUCAAAAUCAAUCGAGGAUUGCGGCCGCCCCGCCCUCUUGUGUCGGCCGCAUCGGAGCUUCCGUUCCGGAUACUGUUUCAUUCACGUUUUGGGUAAAUCCACCGCUGCUGCUGAUUUUUGGUUUUUAUUCUUUGGGCAAACAUAUAUUGAUAUAUCGGCAUCAGGGGGACAUGGGUGAAUAUUACUGUCGGAGGUUCAAGGGAACUAGGCAUCAGCGUUACUGAUUUGAAUUUUCUCUGGAAGUUGCUUAUUGUCUCGAUAGAAUCAUUUCAAUGUUCUAGUUGAAAUGGAGGAGCGUAGUCCAGAAAAGGUUAAUGAUCAAUUACCUGUCCAUAGGAGUUGGAUGGAGGGUAUGGUUGCAGGAUUGACAGAUAGCAUUUCACAAGACCCAAAUAUGGAAGACUCAAUUAGCAAUGCAGGAGAACUGCUGAACUUUGAUGCAUAUGCUGGAUGGUGUAACAGCCCCGGCUAUUUAGCUGAUCAGAUGUUUCCCUCUUUGUGUUUGUCCCCUCAGACGGUUCCAUCCACUUCUUCAGCAGGAAAAGAUGGAUUGAGUUUCACAAAUCAGUAUGGUUCAGUGAUUUCCAUGGGCGAUAAUGACAUCAUCCAGGAUUCUUUUGCAAGCGGAAAUAAAGUAAUAUGCGGUGAUAUGAACAGCCAGUUGCAAUUUGGUUCAAGUUCUCCAUGUGAUGGUUUCAGUUCAAUGGAGGAGGUAUAUGAUGGCACAAGCAAUUGCAAUAAAAAAGAGGAUGUAGGGAAUAGCCUGGUUCCAAGGGUUACUAUGCCAUCAUCACUGGCUGAGAAAAUGCUAGGAGCAUUAAAUCUUUUCCAAGAAUGGUCUGGAGGAGGUAUUUUAGCUCAAGUAUGGGUUCCAAUGAAGAACGGGGAUCGGUACAUCUUAAGCACUUGUGAACAACCUUAUUUACUUGACCAAACACUUUCAGGAUAUCGUGAAGUGUCUAGAUUAUUUAAUUUUGCUGUGGACUCAAAACCAGGUUCUUUUCCAGGGCUCCCAGGCCGUGUAUUUUCCUCAAAGAUCCCAGAGUGGACCUCGAAUGUGGUGUAUUACAAUAGGACUGAGUACCUGCGGGUACAGUAUGCUGUUGAUCAUGAAGUCCGAGGAUCGAUUGCUUUACCUGUAUUUGAGAAUAAUUUGCUAGGGAGCUCAUGUUGUGCAGUGCUGGAAUUGGUCACAAUGAAGGAAAAGCCUGAUUUUGAUCUAGAGAUGGAAAAUGUUUGCCGUGCGCUUCAGGCGGUAAACUUAAGGAGCGUUAUACCUCCAAGACUCUAUCCUCAGUCUCUCUCCGAGAAUCAAAGAUCAGCAUUAGCUGAGAUUACUGAUGUCCUUCGCGCUGUUUGCCAUGCUCAUCGACUACCCGUGGCACUGACAUGGAUACCAUGUAGUCAUGCAAUGGAGCCUGGCGAAACAGUUAAAUUGUGCGAUGGAGGGUACAACAGAAGAAGAUCUGAUAAAUGUGUACUUUGCAUCGACAGUACUGCCUGUUACGCCAACGACAGUGACAUGAAGGGUUUCGUGCAUGCAUGUAGCGAGCAUUAUCUCAAGGAAGGACAAGGCAUUGUUGGGAAAGCUCUUCAAUCUAAUCAGCCCUUCUUCUUCCCUGAUGUGAAGGAAUACCAUAUAAGUGAGUAUCCGCUCGUCCACCAUGCCCGGAAAUUUGGUCUAAACGCUGCUGUUGCAAUCAGGCUACGAAGUAUCUACACCGGUGACAAUGACUACGUACUGGAGUUGUUUCUUCCUGUUAAUGUCACCGGAAGUUCUGAGCAGCAACUUUUGCUUAAUAAUCUCUCUAGCACUAUGCAGAAGCUUUGUAAGACUUUGAGGACUGUUUCGGACGCCGAAUUGCUUGAAACAGAAGAGUCCUUAGUUAAAUUGGAGGAUGCCGAAGCGAGUAAAAUGCCGGAAAUGAGAUUGCCUCGGAGGAGUUCUGAACAUUCGUUUAUCAGCGGAGAUACAAUCUCUAGCAUGGAGCUUUCAACCAAAAAUGUUUUGGAAUUGACAAAUCCUAGAGGAGAACCUAAUGUUCCUCACGAGAAGAGAACUACUGGAUCGAAAAAACAGAUGGAGAGGAAGCGGAGCACAACGGAGAAGCACGUGAGCUUGAGCUUACUUCAGCAAUACUUCUCCGGGAGCCUUAAAGAUGCUGCAAAAAGUAUCGGUGUGUGCCCGACUACGCUUAAAAGGAUCUGCAGACAGCACGGCAUUUCUAGAUGGCCUUCGCGUAAAAUAAACAAGGUGAACCGUUCCUUGAAGAAGAUACAGAGCGUGCUCGACUCAGUCCAUGGAAUGGAGGGAACAUUUAAGUUUGAUACAUCCGUAGGCGGGCUUGUACCCGCCGGCUCUACCAUCCAAGAGCUGGACUCGGGAAGAAACGACAACAUGUGCAGCGCAGAUGACUCCAUCAAAGAUUCGGAUUUGGUAACAAAUACAAAAUCUGCGGGCGCAUCAUCUUAUCUGGAAAUCGGAACUGAUCCCAUCUUGAAGCCGAGUCCUCCGCAGUAUCUGCACAGUCCUCAGAAGUCUCAAUCAGCGGCAUUAGAUGUUCGGCUGUCGUGGCCUGCUAGUCUGAGCAAUGUCCCUUGGACAACCUCUCCGAAAUUCCCUCCGCCUUCAGGAGAAUGGCCAUUAGUCGAUGAUAAUAGUAAGAUCCCCGCAGCUUCAGAUAUCCAUUGGAUUUCUUGCGACUCCACCUUCCCGAACCAGGCUGUUCUUGCCGAGACGGGCGCCAAAACAAACGACGACUGUGCGACGAACCAGGCUGCUGAUCAGAACCAACCAACGUCGUCAGGCAUGACAGACACGUCGAGCGGGUCGCAAUCCGGCUCGAUGAUUAACGGUAGCUCAUCAAGCUCUAGAAGCUUCGGGAAAGGGCAGAAUCACAAAACAGAGACAGGCUUCGCCGACAAAAUCAUAGUCAAAGCGACGUAUAAAGAGGACACAGUGCGGUUCAAAUUCGAUCCCAGCUGCCGGUGUCUUCAGCUUUACGAAGAGGUUGCAAAGAGGUUCAAUCUCCAGAUAGGCCAGUUCCAACUCAAGUACCUUGACGACGAACAGGAAUGGGUGAUGUUGGUAAAUGAUUUGGACCUCCAUGAAUUCCUCGAAAUCUUGGAUUUUGUCGGCACUCGCAACGCGAAGCUCCUGGUUCGCGACGUGCCGGUUGCCUUAGGAAGCUCCGGUGGCAGCAACUGCUUCUUGGGAGAAUGCACUUGAAUCUCCACGAACCCUGUACAGGUGCACUUGUCGAUCUAGUUUUUUUUUUUUUAUAUAUCGAUCUUGGCAUGCCGUAAUAUAGUAGUAUUACAUAUGUUUUUGAAUUUGGAUUUUGUAAGAAAAAAAAAACAUAUGCAUGUGUAUGUACGUAUGUAUAAAGGGUGCAAAAUAUUUAGGAUUAUAAAGUCGUGUUGAUUAUAUAGCAUAGUAUGUAUUCAUUAGGCUAAAGCUUAGUAUUCGACGAAACUGCAUAUUGUUGAAGAUCGAUUGUUCUAAGUUUUGGGUGAUCAGAUUGGAAUGAAACUCUGGAAUGGAUCGGAGAUUGCUUGGCAGAAGGUAUAUCCGAAUCGACAAAUGUUCUGUCGGGUAAGGUAAGAAGCUGAUGUUGUUCUUAGCGUUCUUACUUCUUGCGGGUUUGAUGAUCUUUCUUGGUUGAGAAGAAGCUGUAGAUGGGGUGGGGUGGGGUGGGGUGGG